CCACGCAAGUGCGUCGCACCGGUCAUGUGACCACGACAUUGUAUCCCUAUUGAAAAACUUUCCUCCUCUCCUCACGAAGUAAGUACGCAGAGCAAGCUGUGGAGGCUAAACUAAAGAUGGCAUUGCGGGACGAACUUUUAAAGGCAAUAUGGCACGCUUUCACGGCUUUGGACGUUGAUAAGAGUGGAAAGGUGUCAAAAUCACAGCUAAAGGUUCUCUCCCAUAACUUGUGUACUGUGAUGAAAAUCCCACAUGACCCAGUGGCCCUGGAGGAACAUUUUAAAGAUGAUGACGAGGGACCUGUGUCGAACCAGGGAUACAUGCCCUACUUGAACACAUUUAUACUGGACAAGGUCCAGGACAACUUUGACCGUGUGGAUUUCAAUAGGAUGUGUUGGACUCUGUGUGCUCGCAAAAACCUCAACAGAAAUCAUCUCCUCAUCUCUGACGAUGAUGCCUUUAAGAUAUGGUGCAUUUUUAAUUUCCUGUCCGAAGAUCGCUACCCCCUGAUAAUGGUUGCAGAAGAGAUCGAGUACCUCUUGCGUAAGCUGACUGAGGCCAUGGGGGGCAGCUGGAUCGAGGAGAAAUUCGAGGACUACAAGCUACAGCUGGGCAGCAAGCAGCAGUGCCUGAACGCCUGGGAGAUAAUUGACCUUGUGGGUAAGGGCCACUUCAGCAAAGGCAUGGACCGCCAGACCCUCUCCAUGGGCAUCAAUGAGGUCUUCCAGGAGCUCAUCCUGGAUGUCCUGAAGCAGGGCUACAUGUUGAAGAAGGGCCAUAAGAGGAAAAACUGGAUGGAGCGCUGGUUCUUGCUGAAGCCCACCUUGAUCUCGUACUACGUGAGUGAGGACCUGACGGAGAAGAAGGGAGACAUCCUGCUCGACGGGAACUGCUGUGUGGAGUCUUUACCAGACAAGGAGGGAAAGAAGUGUCUGUUGUACAUUAAAUGCUCAGAGAAGAGUUUCGAGAUCAGCGCGUCAGACAAGAAGAAGAAACAAGAGUGGAUCCAGGCCAUCCAGACGUGUGUCCUGCUGCUGAAGAUGGGCCGACCAGCGCCACACCGCGAGGCCCGUCAGAAGCGACGUGAGCUGCGGCAGAAGCAGCAGGCGGAGCAGGAGCUGAUCGAGCUGCGCAUGCGGGAGCUGCAAAUGGCCAACGAGAGCAAGCAGCACGAGCUGGAGGCCAUGAGGAAGAAAUUGGAGGAGGCAGCAGCUAAUGCCGUUGAGGAGGAGCGAAGGAGACUGGAGACACAGACUGAGCUGGAGGGCCGUUACAGAAUUGACCUGGAGAAGGAGAAAAUGGUACGUCAGCAGAUGGAGGAGCAAGUGGCCCAGAAGUCCUCUGAGCUGGAGCAGUAUCUGCAGCGCGUGCGUGAGCUGGAGGGGAUGUACCAGCGCCUGCAGGAGGCGCUAGACGAUGAGAGGCAGGCCAGGCAGGACGAGGAGACCGUACGCAAACUACAGUCCAGGUUGCUGGAGGAGGAGGUGACCAAGCGGGCGGAGCUGGAGGAGAUCCACCUGACGCAGCAGCGGGCCAUCUCGCAGACGGAGGCCGAGAAGCAGGAGCUGGAGCGGGAGCGACUGGCCAAGGAGAGCGCUCUGGACGAGGCCAUGCAGCAGCUGCAGCUUCUCCAGAACGAGAGGCACGAGGCCCUGCAGCAGUACGAGGAAGUCAUGAAGAAACUUGAGAACGCUGCCAACAACACCCAGAGCUGGAAGGACAAGGUUGCCCACCAUGAGGGUCUGAUCCGCCUCAUUCAGCCUGGCUCAAAGGGACCACAGAAGAUGACUAACUGGGGUCCGGCUGCCUUCACUGAGAUGGAGCUGAACCUGAGGGAGAAGAACUGGCAGGAGAAGAAAGCCAAGCCUGCCCAGACCGAACCGAACCCAUAGUUAGAAAAUCCUCACACAGACCAGCGGCACAACUGCAAGAUGGCAGGGGAAGACAGAGAGACGACACCCAGACCAACACCUGAGCUUCCAGGGAAGCAUCGCGCCAUCCAAUGCCUGAAUCUCUCUGUUGGAGGGACAAAUGGAACCCUCAGAAGGAGAGACUAUUGACCAUAGAGCACACAAAUCAGAAAGCCCCACAGCCAACAGAGAGAAAAGCAACCAGCUCCAUUUUCACCCUCUGAGCACACCUAGAGACAGAGGCCAGAUCAUCUCUAGACUAACAGCAGCACAUCGGCUGAGCGUGUGUGAGAGAUUAACUUUUAGACCCACUGGAACAUUGAACUGACUGGACUGACUAGGGGUCCAGGCGACUGUUACCAUGCUAACAACAUUCCAAUGUUGAGUACACAUGUACAAGAACAUAGUUCUACAUGUUAGUACAAAUUAGUUUUUUUUUUCCCUUUACCAAAGUGAUAGUAUUAAACAUAAUAUGAAAUGGUGAUGUGAGACAUCAUUACAUAAACUCUUCUCAAUAACUGUUUGCUAAUAUGCCAUUUUGUAAUUUGGUCUUUUUAAUAUGAUCUUUUGCUGCAUGAAGUAGACAGGGAAUAAAAAACAGGGCAUUGUCUUUUUGCUGCACUGACAUUGACAUACCUGAGACAAACUAAACUCAUGAAAGGGAGAUAUUUGUUACACGUGUUGUAGAAAUGUUGUCAUUUGUAUAGACAAGUUCACCUAGGUCCACCUACGUGAGAGUUACUGUGUUAAAAUAAUAAAGCAUUCUGUAACAUCUAUUUCCUUACCCCAGUGUAAAUGGUGAAGGUCUCUUCUGAACUGUCACAUUUCCUCUAACCAAUGCCCUAAGACUUGUGCUUGCUCAGUUCUAACUCUGAUGGCACAGUAUGGCCUUUAUUUGCUCUGUUUGCAUCAGACUAACGGUGUAACAUUGUUGUAAUAUCCAAGAGACAAACCCAAGACACAACAUUUACUUGUACAAAAGUGUAAUAAACAAACAAAUACA